ACAAAUGGAAAGUACUCCAAAAGUAUCCGUCGAAAAUUGAUCCCCGCUCUUGAAUCCGGAGUUCGCCCGGAUAGAACGGUGGCUUUCAUUUUCACAGCAAUUGAAAACUUUUGGCAGAGGGAGAGAGAGCAAAUCCAAGUUUUACCUUUGAGGAAUUACUUUUCUUUUGGCCUCUCUAAGCUGGUGAGAGAGGCGGUGGUGUUUCCGGAGCUUUUCGCCCUGUGCCCUGGUUUCGCUCCUUGGAUUCUGGCGGUGCGGAGUUAAUUUCUGGAUUAAAGUUUGUAAUCCAGAGCUGCAUAAGCCAUGGAGUCCUUCCAAGCAGUUCCCCCAACCAUCAGUUCCACUGCUGCUGCUGCCAACGGAGGUGGAGAGAAGUCGACAGCAGUUCCUGUCCUUGAGACCUCCAACAGUUUCAGCGAUGAAUUUAACCCUCAGGACUUCAUCGGCUUUCUCGAAGUCUUUGUCCACCAAGCUCGUGACAUCCACAACAUCUGCAUCUACCACAAGCAAGAUGUCUUCGCUAAGCUUUGCCUCACCAGCAACCCCGACGUCACUGUCGCGACGCAGACGAUCAACGGCGGAGGACGGAACCCGGUCUUCAACCAGAAUCUCCGGCUCAACGUGAAGAACGUCGACUGUUCGAUGAAAUGCGAAAUAUGGAUGCUAAGCAAGGCCAAGAAUUAUCUCGAAGACCAGUUGCUUGGGUUUGCUCUGGUGCCCCUUUCAGAUGUCCUAAUAGCCAACGGCAAGCUGGUACAGGAGUUCUCCCUAUCUUCGACUGAUCUUUUCCACUCCCCGGCUGGGUUUGUUCAGUUGUCAAUUUCUUAUGUUGGCACUUCUCCUGAAGUAGUGGCAAUUCCAGCGUCUCUGAAAUCAUUGAUUGUCGACACUACCUUGCCUGAUGCUGAACCUGAUGACUCGAUUCCCUGCGAUUAUGAGAAAAUUGAGUUUCCUGACUUGAAAGUCCACAAUGAGAAUCAGCUAAUGGUUUCUGAAUAUUAUGGGAUUCCAUGCUCCGACAUGGAAACUCAGUGUUCGGAUAGCUUUGUAACUGGAGAGAACGACGACUGCCCUGAUGAGGAAGCAGGGGUGCUGAUAGUGGAGAGCUUUUCCACUGUUAACUGUCAUGAUUCCGUCGGAAAUCUAAAACACGAUACUCCAGUGAGCAGUUUCUCGACCACUGAAUCAACUGCGGUAGCCCCUGCUGCAUCUCAAUCUACCUCUGAUCCGUUGUCGUCGACAGCUUCACCUAGCCCGAAAGUUAAGAGUUCCGAAUCUAUGGAAGGUGAGGCUGAUUCAUCUAGAGCACCAUCAGAUGAUGCACUCUUCAAGCCUAUUAUCAAGAUAGAUGUGCCAGUGCAGCCAGUCGUCCAGCAGGACUUCGUCGAUAUCUACAUGAAAAGUAUGCAGCAGUUCACGGAGUCGUUGGCGAAGCUGAAACUUCCUAUGGAUAUUGAUAAUAGUAGCACAGCUUCUGAAGAUGGUAACUCAAUCCAUACUGCUGAAAAUGGUAACUCAGCAUCUGAGAAGACGCUGUCGACUCCGAAGAGCAAUGGUUCCAGAGUUUUUUAUGGAAGCAGGGCAUUCUUCUGAUCUCAUGGAGUGAAGUUCUAUGGUAAACUCAAGAGCUCCUACUUUAACUGAUCAGUUUAGUUCUAAGCAGUGACUAAGAAACACUCUCUGUUCACCAGGAUAAUCAGAAAAUAAUAUAUGGGUUUGCUUAGAUGAAAAAUGUUCCAAUGUACUGAUGUUGUACCCCUUGUGUGAUAUGUUCUUUGUCUGUUGCUUUUGUGUUUUCUUUUUCUUCCCAAAUCGUCUGCUGAUUUUUAGUACAGUAUGGUUCUAAAUUAUGCCCCCUUUGAUCUAGAUUAGAGAGUAGAGUUGUGCAAUUUGAUGUGAUAAUCAUGGAUCUGUGUGUUUGAUGAGUGCAAACUUCAUGUUUAGUUCUGAAA